UUGAUAUUGACAUGUAUGUCCUUUGUAGAUCCCGAUUUGAUUAUGUGCAAGAAGCAACCUGGCAUUGCCAUUGGUCGUCUAUGCGAGAAGUGUGAUGGAAAGUGCGUUGUAUGCGAUUCUUAUGUCAAGCCCUCGACAUUGGUGCGAAUAUGUGAUGAGUGUAACUAUGGUACAUUCCAAGGAAGAUGUGUUAUAUGUGGAGGUGUAGGUAUAUCAGAUGCUUACUACUGCAAGGAAUGCACGACACAGGAGAAAGAUAGAGAUGGAUGCCCCAAGAUUGUUAACCUGGGUAGUUCAAAGACAGAUCUAUUCUAUGAGAGAAAGAAGUUUGGUUUCAAGAAGAGAUAG